AUGGGGAAAAUCACCUUCUACUGCAACAUCUGCGGUGGGCCACUGUCCUGCUAUGAUCUCCGCAAGGCUUCCACCGCCUUAGAAGGCGAAGACCUCAGCCUCUGUUACGAGGAUGACUGUGACUGCGAGGCUGGGACCAGACCAGAAGCUGAAGAUGAUGAGGAUGGAGAAGAUGUCGAGAACUCCACCGCGGCGUGUGAACAUGAUAGUUAUUGCGCAUCGCUCAAGGGAUACAGCGGAAAAUUGGUAUCUGAGAAGGAUAUCUUGUGGCUGGAGAAAGUGAGAAUGCUGCGUCCUAGGGAUUCCCCAGGUGCAAUGCAUAAUGAAAUGCAGGACGGUGACGAUGCGUAUUAUAUCACUGAAAAUGGCAGCUAUGAUCCGUGGUAUGGACUAGAGGUUCCUGGCGAGAACACAGGGAGUAGCGAUGGAAGGCUAUGGGCGAAUAUAGAUGGCUUCUUUUUGCAUGAUACCUGCUGGCAGAUGCUUCAACUUGUACAUCAAACUCUCGGUUCAAGUUCGCGACCAUUAGAGCCGCGCCGGGUGUAUCUCGCUAUGCAGGCUCGACUAGGGCAUGACACGGAGAGAUCCAUCGACUGGGAGGACAGUAGAGUCUAUGGUGGAACGGAAGACUUUCAAUGGCAAGAGUGGGAAGCAGAGCCAGGGUAUGAGUGGUUAGUUGUGGACCCGUUGAAGCCAGUCGACAUCUCUGAGCUCGUCUCUGCCUCAAAAAUUGCAGAUCCAGGCUCAACAAAUGCAAUUGUAAACGGGGAUGCACUAAAAUUAUCAGCUGUAGAUCCACUUUCAAGUCUGCCAUGGGACGUCCGCUAUAGGAUUCUGCAAAUGCUUCCUUCGCCAUCCAUCAUCGAUCUGGUCAUUGCCAGCACCGCAUUUCGUGGAGCUGCCCGAGACCUGCCUGAUCAAUUUUGGAGAUUACGUCUGGCCUACGAUUGUCCAUCGAUUGACCAAGACUCACUUCGGCAGAACAUUGCUCAAGCAGGCGGACAGGUUAGCUACAAGGACCUCAUUCGCCUCAUCAAGGAAGCUGCAGCAAGACCAGAAGACGGAAAGGACGGAGACCAGGAUAGCUGGUUAAAUAUCAAAAAUCGCCAACGGAUCUGGACCUGCUGUGAGGUUAUUCUCGGGAAGUUGGAGAAGGAACCAAAAUCGUGGGUCCCGUUCAGUCAAAGUGCCGAAUCUGGCGAGAACCUACUAAACUCAACCAGGGAAUCCUAA